UCUCUUAUUUCCAAAACUUAGUGAGCAAAAUAGGAACAACAGAAGCAGAGUCCUUAAUAUUUUUCCCUCUUACUUAGUAAGCAAAUUUAUGAAAGAGAAAACAUCUAAUCCGACAUUUUCGCGAUUGAAUAGACGCCAUUGGAUUAAGUUAACCCAUUUUGUUAAUUUAUUUAUUAUGUAUAUAAACCCCUGUUAAUUGAUAGAGUGUAACUGGUAACCCCUUUUCUAUCGCUUAAAACUUUCACUCUUCAAGCAUCAAUGGCGGCUGAAAAUGAGCGAUUUUUGAGGAAAAGAAAGCAAAAUGUUGAUAAACAUACACAUCGGAAAUUGGGUGUUGAUCAAAAAGUUGAGGUGAGGAGCGAUGAAGAUGGGUUUUUGGGUUCGUGGCACCCGGGUACUGUGAUUGGUUGUGAUGAUUUGAUUCGUCGAGUUAAAUACGAUCACCUUCUGUCGGAAGAUGGUGCUGGCAACUUGGUAGAAUCUGUAAGUGUUUCUCCUAUGGUUGAUGGGGUAAUUCCUGCUGAUCAAAAUCCAGUUCACAGUCGUGGUGUGAUUAGGCCUUCGCCACCUCCACAUGAAUUUGGAAAAUGGCCUUUAACGUAUGGACUGUGUGUAGAUUUCUAUUACCAAGAUGCCUGGUGGGAAGGUGUGAUUUUUGAUCGUGAAGAACGGAACGAGGAGCGAAGAGUUUUCUUUCCAGAAAUGGGUGAUGAGAUGAUGGCUCCAGUGGACAAGCUUCGAAUAAGUCAAGAUUGGGAUGAGGUUACCGAAGAAUGUGAGCCUCGUUGUUCUUGGAUUUUCCUUGAAUUGAUUGAGGAGAUUGAGCAGCUACACCCGCGCUUAAUCUCAGUCAAACAAAUUUGGUAUGAAGUGCAGCUGAAGCCUGAUUAUGAUGAAGUUCUCAAGCAAUGGUGGACGUCUUCUUCAAUAGAUAUUUGGAGGAAAUUGGUGAAGGAAGUUGUGCAUGAUAAUAUGAAGUUAACUAUCAAACAAUUUUUUUCUGAACUGAACUCCUCAAAGGUCUUUGUAGAGGGAGGCCAAUUGCUGGAAUUUUCAGAACCUGCCCUUGAAAUGUAUAUUGAUAACUCGACUGCACCCUUUACUGAAUCCGGUUGCAAAUUAGAUAGUCCGGCUGUGCUUCCUAUGGAUCAGGAUGAUGUUUCCCAUCCUCAACCUGUUGAAAAGCAAUCUGUUUCAGACGGUUUUGCUCCUGCCACAAAGGAAGUUCAACUGUGCGGUAAUGGUGAUUGUUGGUCAAUUCCUCCUAGUCAAAAAGAAGAUUCAUCUGUACCUCCGCCUAGUGAUGACGUUGCUGGUAUUUUGUCCAGUACCAAGAGAAAACCAUCGACUUUCGCGAAUUCUAAGCCUCGCAGGGGGAGACCUCCUACAAAGAAGAAGAACUCAGAAGCAAUUGCUAAGUAUAUGUCAUCUAUGUCCUCGAUGAAAAAAUUUAAGAAGCCGCCUAAUGAUGACAUUGCUGGUAUUUUGUCCAGUAGCAAGAGUGAACUACCGACUUUUAAGCCUCGCAGGGGGAGACCUCCUACAAAGAAGAAGAAUCCCGAAGCAAUUGUUAAGUAUAUGUCAUCUAUGACCUCGAUGAAAAACUUUAAGAAGCCACCUAGUGAUGACAUUGCUGGUAUUUUGUCCAGUAGCAAGAGUGAACCACCGACUUCUAAGCCUCGCAGGGGGAGACCUCCUACAAAGAAGAAGAAAUCCGAGGGGCAGAACCUGGUCGGUGAACCUGACUCUUGUCCAGAAGCGUUAAUUGCUAAGUAUAUGCCAGAUAAAUCCUCGGUGAAAAAAUUUAAGAAGCAUCUCUUACAUUUGGGCUGGAAAUUUGAACUCAUAAUGGACUGUGGCAUCAUAAAGAAAAAUUACGUUACUCCUGAUGGAAAGGUAUUAGGGUCACUUACCCAAGUUUGCCAGGUGUUGGAAGAGUCAAAAGCUUGUCGGCCCGUUCCCCCAGUUGAACAAAGUAGUUUAUAUGAGUCAACUGAUAACUCCAUCCAGUCUCCUCCUUGCAUGGAAGGACCACAAACAUGCAGAGAGGUGCCUGAGUUGCCAUCUACUUCUACUGAAGAAACAAUUAUUGAUCCUGAAAUCAGUCGUCAAGCUGUAAUUGAUUACUGUUCACCGAGAUCUAAAGGUGCCUAUCAUAAGUUGUAUAAACUUGGGGUGAAGAUAGGGGAUACUACCCUAAAAGCUAAGAAAUACCUAGCUGCAACUGGAUGGAAAUUCUAUACUGUUGGGAAGAAAGACAAGAAAUUGCGUUUCCGCUCCCCGGAAGGUAAACUUUUUAUCUCUUUCCGAAAGGCUUGCAUAUGGUGCAUAAAAAAGUGGGAAUCCGAAAGCCAAUUACCAGAGCAUGACCCCCUGUUAAGAGAAAAAGAACCCCUUCAAAAUGGUAAAAGCAGAUUGUAUAACAUGACCAAACCAAGAAAGAAGAGAAAACAUGGCGAUGUAAGAGAUAUUCAUACUGGUGGCUUGCCAGGGAAAAAAUCCAGGCCUUCACUCAAAAAAGGAGAUGGUAUAGGAUCUAAUUCUUUAGCCUGUGUGAUGCGAUCAAGUAAAAGAGCUCGGAAGGCGGCUCCUUCUUCCUCUAAUCAAACACCUCGAACAGUUUUAUCUUGGUUGAUAGACAAUAAUGUGGUCCUGCCACGUGCUAAGGUACAAUAUUGCGGAAAGAAGUAUGGUAAUCCAAUUGCAGAAGGGCGGAUAACUCGUGAAGGAAUCAAAUGCAAUUGCUGCCAAAAGAUAUUUGGUCUUCGUAACUUUGAAGCUCAUGCUGGGAGCAGUUGUCACAGACCUUCAGCAAAUAUAUUUUUGGAGGAUGGAAGGUCUCUUCUUGAGUGUCAAAUGCAGAUGAAACGCAAACAGAGUGUAAACAACACCACGAAAGAACCAUGUGCAGUAGAAAAGGGUAGUCGUUUUAGCACAAAUGACUAUAUAUGUUCUGUGUGUCAUUAUGGCGGUGAAUUAAUUCUCUGUGAUGAAUGCCCUUCUUCAUUUCACCGUGAUUGCCUUGGGAUGAAGGAGGUUCCAGAAGGUGACUGGUUUUGUCCAUCAUGCUGUUGUAAAGUGUGUGGUGAGAGCAGAUUUGAUACAAACAGAAACCACUUUACAGAUAACUCCGUUCUCAUUUGUUGCCAGUGUGACCAUAAGUAUCAUGCUCGGUGCUUGAGAAGCAAGGGUCCUGGAAAGCUGGAUAAUUAUCCUGAAGGAAAUUGGUUCUGCAACAAGAGUUGUGAGCUGAUAUUUUUGGGCAUGCGUCAUCUUUUGGGAAAGCCAGUUAUAGUGGGUGAUGAUAACCUAACUUGGACAUUGUUGAAAUAUAUAGAACCUGAUGAUUCUGGUUCUGAUAUUGUGGGUUAUGAGUCCAGCAUGGAGAAUUAUAGCAGACUUAGUGUUGCUUUGAAUGUGAUGCAUGAAUGUUUUGAACCAGUCGAAGAACCUCACACCAGUAGAGAUAUUGUAGAAGAUGUUAUCUUUAGUAGAUGGUCAGAGUUAAACCGCUUAAAUUUUCAAGGUUUUUACACUGUGCUGUUGGAAAGAAAUGACGAACUGAUUACAGUAGCGACUGUAAGAGUUUAUGGAGAAAAGGUGGCAGAGAUCCCUCUUGUUGCAACACAAUUUCAGCACCGCCGACUUGGAAUGUGUCGCAUUUUAAUCAAGGAGCUCGAAAAGAAACUCAUGGAAUUAGGAGUUGAGAGGCUAGUUUUACCAGCUGUCCCUGCUGUCCUGAACACGUGGACCGCUUCAUUUGGUUUCUCAGUGAUGAAAGAAUCAGAGAGAGUAAACUUCUUGGAUUACACUUUCCUUGAUUUCCAGGGUACUAUCAUGUGCCAGAAGAUCCUUCAAAAGACUGCUUCUCCUUCUGUGAUAUCGAGUGUAUUAACAGCCCCUGCAGAAGCCGAGCAAACACACUUUGACAAUACAAAUAGCAAAGACAAUGUUGAAUUGGAUGACAACACUGCUGUCUCCGAGGUGGACCAAGGAUCUAUGCACAGGUGAACCAACAACGUUGUCUUAGCAUCGCCAUGAUAGUAGCCUGAUCAAAUGCUACAAGCUGAGAAGGAUAAGUCGUCCUGUAAAAACAAAGCUAAUAUCAGAAGGGGUAAUACUCAAUAUUAAGCUGGUGAUUUCUUAAGAAAAAAAGUUGAACCAGCAGUGGAGCUGUGAGUAUCUGUUACAGGAUUCUUAUUUAAAAGACCUGAAAAUUUGUUCUCAGGUUUAACGUUAGUUUCCUCCUUUAUAAAGGAGUAGGAGGGAAUUUGUCAAGACUGGUUACGUUUACUUGAUCCAAUAAAAAAAUAAAAAAAAAUCGUCAAGUCUGGUAUAUAUGCUGUAUAGAUGAUUAGUUCGAAUUGGCAUCAGCAAAUUUUGUAUCGUUUUUGUUCCUGAUAUUAGUUAUUACAAUGCAUAAAGCCAAAA